CUCCCGACGCUCGCCCAAAGCACAGACACGCAGGAGACGAGAAGAAACCCUAGUGAAACCCCGAGCCAGCCACCGCCCACCAGAUCAAGAUGGCUUCCGCCGCCGGCGGCGACACCAAGGGGAGGAAGCGCAAGUUCCUCCCCCACGGGAAACCGGUGAGGAAGGGCGCGUACCCGCUGCGCCCCGGCGUGCAGGGCUUCUUCAUCACCUGCGACGGCGGCCGCGAGCAACAGGCCACCCGCGAGGCAAUCUCCCUGCUGGACACCUUUUACGAAGACCUGGUCGACGGGAAAGGGUUUGCUGACAAGUCCAAGAUCAUACCUGACAAACCGUUGAACAAAAAGAUAAAGUUUGACGAUUCUGAUUCUGAUGACGAGGAUGCAGAUCAUUCAGUGAAGGAGACCAGCAAUGGAAAUGAUGCAGAAAAAGGUGAAGCCAAGUCAUCUGAGAAGCAACAAGAGGUACUUGGUAACUCAGAAAUUACCAGCAAGGACGAUGAAGAACAGGUGAAAAAUGCUGAUGGAUCAGCACCAAAGAAGCAACGUGUGGAAGAUGCCCCGGUUUCUGAGCAGACAGAGCCAAAAGAGCCUGCUGAUAAACCAACUGAGGCCAUUGAAGAACCAAAAGAGUCCACUGAUAAACCAGCAGAGACUAGUGACAUACCAAAAGAGUCCACUGAGAAACUAGCAGAGACCAGUGAUAAACCAAAAGAGUCCAUUGGGUUACCAAAAGCGUCCAAGGACAUACCUAUUGAUGAUUUAAUUGAUCAGGACCUGAAACAACUGGGAGACAGGAAAAAGAGGCUUUUUGCAAGCGUCGAUUCAGGUUGCAAUGGUUGCAUCUUCAUUCAAAUGCACAAAAGAGACGGAGACCCUGGUCCAGUUGAGAUUGUACAAAACUUGAUGUCUUCGGCUGCCUCAACUCGCAAACAUAUGUCCAGGUUUCUUCUGAGGGUUUGCCCUGCUGAGGUGGUAUGUUAUGCUUCAGAAGAGGAAAUAACAAGAGCCAUUAGUCCACUUGUUGAAAAGUACUUCCCCAAAGAAUCUCCUUCAGGGCAUAAGUUUGCUGUGCUAUAUGAAGCAAGGUCAAACACGGGAAUCGAUAGAAUGAAAAUUAUAAAUGUAGUAGCAAAAUCUAUACCUCAAGCUCACAAAGUUGACCUCAGCAACCCUGACAAGACUAUUAUUGUCCAGAUUGCCAAGACUAUAUGCAUGAUUGGUGUGGUGGAGAGAUACAAAGAGCUUGCCAAGUUCAACCUAAGGCAGCUGACAUCGCCACCAGAGAAGUAACUGCUGGGAGAGGAAUGGUUGCGUCUUGCUGGCUCCUGCGCCGUCUUAAACAUACGCAACAUCAGUUAGUUCGUUAGCUGGAGAGUGAAAAUCACUGUUAAAUGAUUCAGGUCUACCGUCGCAUUAAAACCUCGCAUCCUGAGUUGUUUAUUUUCCGCACAGUGCUACAACAAUCGGUCGAAUAAAUUCCAUCAUGGCUCGGUUGGCUCUGUUAUGUAGACUGCAUGUUCGUUUUUAUUGAUUAUAGAAGGUCAAGGUGUUUUGGUGUCA